CGCGGCCUUUGUCUGGCACUGACGCACAACACGAUUGUCUCCAUCUGCACACAACACAACAACACACUCGAUCUCAUUUGCUCCGCGUGUCUCCCUCCUUCACCAUCAACAAAUCAACAACAACAGCCGGCAGUCAUGAGCGACCACAACCGCCUGAUCAACCAGGAAGAGGCUGCGCAGCAGCCAGGGACCGUUGAGGCCAACCCCUUUGCUCAGGACAUGCAGCAGCAGCAGCAGCAGCAGCAGUUCCAGCAGCAGCAGCAGCAGCCGCAGUUCCAGCAGCAGCACGAAGAAGAACCAAAACCACAACAGGAGUACCAGCCCCAGGCCCAGUUCAACGCGCAGGCAUCGUGUGUGCUCACCCUGUAUGUGUCCCUUGGCCGUGAUCCCGUCCCAUCACAUCCACAGUGGUCUCCUCCCAGUGGCCACUAUGCCAGCACGUCGCCACCACCACCGCCGGAGCAGCAGCACGCCUCGCUCCACCACCAGGGCUACCAAGAGCAACAGCAGCAGCAGCAAGUGCCACAUUUCCAGCAGCAGCAGCAGCAACAACAACAGGGCUUCAUCGCCGCCCAGCCCACUCGGUUCCCGCAGCCAUCGCCGUUUGGCCGCCAGUCCCUCACCAGCCACACUUCCGAGGUCGUGUGGGACAGCCUCAGCCGGCACGCCUCCCGCCAGGCGCUCCUGGCCACGGUCGAGCAUGCUGGCUCAAGCGCUGCCCGCGGAUCGCAGCAGAAGUUCCACUCCCUCCUCGGCAACAGCACCAUCGAUGAGUUCAUCCAAGGUCUGCUUGUUCCUGGCGAGCGGCGGGUUGCGGGGCUGGACUCCAUGCCGUAUGUCAAGCUCUACUUCCAAGACGCGACGAACCUGCAGGUGUUUGAAGAGCUUGUGCCGGGCUAUCUCCUCCUCACCAACCAGCGCCUCAUUCUCCUCUCCAUCUCCCCGCAGACCACAAACGAGUGA